UUAUGUUCGUUAUGAAAACAGCACGUGGUAAAUAGUCGAUUUUACGAGAUGAAUGUAACUUGCGUAAUUCGGGGCCGUGUCCAGUGUAGUGAGAGUUUUUUAACGUUCUCCAUAGCGUGAAAGUUAACCGAAUUUUGUAUGCAGUUGGAACAGCGCCCUAGCGGCAAUCGUAGGCAAACGAUCCCAUUCCAUACAAAUAUGAGUUAACUUUUACGCUAUCGAGAACGUUAAAAAACUCGCACUGAGCACACCGAUCAAUGUUUGUACUGCGCAUCAUCUCCGCGCCGUGACCCAUCACACCCCUGGCGAUUCAGAAACUCAGAGCAGCCAUUGUACAAAAGAAUAAAACGAAAAAAUGUUAAAACAUCACGAAAUUCACCCCGAAAUAGCUUAAAAUAAACUAUUAACCAAAUAUAUUUUAUAAUAAUAGUGUUUUUUUCCAAAAUUAAACGAUAAUUCUACGUCUAAUGAUGUCGGAGAAAUAAAUCUGAAUUUCGUCAUUUAUAAUGGCUGCUCUGAAAGCGAAAUACGAAUUUUAAGAAUAAUGUAAAAAUAAAAUCGCUUAGUGUAAAGAAGUCUUCCAAAAUAGUGGUAUUAGUGUGUAGUUGUAAUUUUGCCGUGAAAGAAUAUUUAUAGUCAAUUCAAAACAAAUCAACAUUAUAUAAUAAUAUUAUAGUUAAAUUAUUAACGAUUUACAUGAAGAAUAAAGGAUAACUUCAAACAAUUUAGUUUGAAGACAAAUAAUUAGUAAUUACGUAAUUAAAAGUUGAAGUUUAGUGUGCGGCCCUGAAGAAUAAAAAAAUCAAUUAUCAAAAAUGUUUAAUCUGGGCCGCUUUAAGAUACCUCCCAUCAAAAAUGCCCUAGACGUAGCUCUGCAGACCGUCAGGCAGCAGAUGCCUGAUAAACCAGGACCGCCACCCCGUCCCCAGCAGAACGUCAGAUUCGCCAACUUAGACAAUAUGGGUGAGAGCUGUGAACUGUCCACCAUGAACGAAACUACAUCUCCAAGCUACCAGUCGACAAAUCCGAAUAAUCCAUUCCUCAGUGGUGAACUACAAGCAGAAGAUUCAUUCACCAGCUACCAAAACACUUAUCCGCAACAGGAUGGAAUUGCUCCAAGAACCCAGAGCAUGCAAAGUGUUGAUUUCUAUGCGUCGUCUGAAGAAGGUGGUUUCGAAGAAUGCGGUGGAAAGCCAGGAGCUAAAAUCAACGAGUUUCAAGCUGCAUGGAACGUUACUAACGCUAUUCAGGGAAUGUUCGUGGUGUCCCUCCCAUUCGCAGUUCUUCAAGGAGGCUACUGGGCAAUUGCCGCUAUGAUCGGCAUCGCUCAUAUCUGCUGCUACACUGGUAGGAUCCUAGUGGAGUGCCUCUAUGAAGACGAUCCCGUCUCUGGGCAACGGGUCCGCGUCCGUGACUCAUACGUCGGUAUCGCCAAAGAAUGUUUCGGCAGGAAAUAUGGCGCCAGAAUCGUAAACUUGGCCCAGAUCAUCGAACUACUCAUGACUUGUAUUCUUUACGUUGUCGUUUGUGGGGACUUAAUGAUUGGUACAUUCCCCGAUGGCUCCAUAGACACUCGUUCGUGGAUGAUGCUAACCGGAAUAUUCCUGCUGCCACUUGGCUUCCUGAAGUCUUUGAAGAGCGUCAGUAUGCUAUCGUUCUGGUGCACCAUGAGUCACUUGAUCAUAAACGCGAUUGUACUAGGCUACUGCAUUCUCUAUAUCGGCGAUUGGGGAUGGUCGAAAGUCAAAUGGAACUUGGACUUUGAAAAUUUCCCAAUCAGUCUAGGCGUGAUCGUCUUCUCGUACACAUCUCAAAUAUUCUUGCCCACUCUGGAAGGGAAUAUGGAGGAUCGAUCUAGAUUUGAGUGGAUGCUCAAAUGGUCUCAUAUCGCAGCUGCGGCUUUUAAGUCUGUUUUUGGAUACGUCUGCUUCUUGACCUUCCAAAACGACACUCAACAGGUUAUUACGAACAACCUUCGUUCUUCAGGGUUCAAAGGUCUUGUAAAUUUUUUCCUUGUAAUCAAAGCAGUGCUUAGCUAUCCUCUACCUUAUUACGCUGCGUGCGAUCUAUUGGAACGCGCUCUUUUUAGGGGCAAACCGAAAACUCUGUUCCCCGUAAUUUACGCUUUGGAUGGGGAAUUGAAGGUAUGGGGUCUCGCUUGGAGACUCGGUGUGAUAAUGUUCACAAUUUUGAUGGCGAUAUUCAUUCCGCAUUUUACUAUUUUAAUGGGAUUUAUCGGUAGUUUCACGGGCACUAUGUUGAGUUUCAUUUGGCCGGCUUAUUUUCAUUUGAAACUGAAGGGAAAUCAAUUAGAAAGUAAGACAAUUGCCUACGAUUAUUUCAUUAUAGGCCUAGGAUUCCUGUUUGGUAUCAUCGGAAUGUACGAUGCCGGUUCGGCCCUCGUUAGGGCUUUCAAAAUAGGAUUACCUUUUUAAGAAGCAAUCUUCACGAAUGACAAUAAGUUGUUAUACUAUUUAUAGAUUUAUUCAUAUCGGUAUCGCAGUUUUCGCGGCAUUAAAUGUUGUAAUAUAGUUAGCGGAGUUUUUUAAAUAUUUUUUUUAAACGACUCCAAAAGAAAAAUAUAUUUUUCUUUGUUUAGGUAAUGUAGUUGACAACUUUGGCAUGACUUCGUUUCGAGAUUGGAAAAUCAUUAUUUAAAAAGCGUUAUCAAUACUAAUAAAGAGCCCUAUGAGACUCUGUCCAAAUUACGUACCUAACGUUAUUCUUAUGGGAAUUUCGUUAAGCUUAAAAGUAAAAAAAAAAACUAUUCAGAGAUUUUUCCGUUUUUAUCCAAAAAUUGAUAAGUCGUCCCUUCUACUCGUAGGGCCCGUAAUAGGAAGCAUGUAAGGGUAAGUGCCACCGUCCUGCCUAUUUCUGCCCCGAAGCAAUCAUGCGACCUCGUAUCUCCGGACGGAUGAAGGAGUCCACAUUGAUGUCUAUCAUGCUUCUAUAACUACUUUACACUUCAACUAGUAGUAGGAGUCUUGAGAGUCUGCUCGGGUAGGUACCACCACCCUGACUAUUUCUACUGUGAAGCAGUAAUGCGUUUCUGUUUGAAGAUAGCCAUUGUACUGUAAAACUGAGACUUAGAGCGCAUAUCUCAAGUUGGAUGGCGGACUUUACGUUUUUGAUGUCUACGGGCUACGAUAACCACUUAACACUAAGUGGGCCGUAAUCUCGUUCAACCAAUGAUGCAAUAAAUAGAUUAAAAAAGAAUUAAAUGAAAACUGUACAUUUGCAUAUAGACGAAAUAACUUUGAACAAUGCAAAAAAGGAAUACAGUUUCAAAAUUAAAUAAAUUCUUACCUAUUAAAAUAAAUCACAUAUAAUCUUCCAAAUACAAGAAUGCCUAUGCCUGUGAUUAAUAUAAAAAGAUGGCGUUUUGAAAAUUAAGUAUUAAAAUUGUAGUUUUAAAAAAAUAAACAAAUGUCUUCCAAUUAUAAAUUUAAUGCUCAUGAAUUGUAUAUUUUUUAACAACGAAGUCUUCCACUUUUAUUUAUGAUAAUUUAAUUAAUCAAUAUUAUAUUUGGAUAAUAUUUACAAAAAAAAAAAUUAUAUACUAAUGUAGGAUGUAGUAGUACCUACAUGAAAAACGUUACUUAAAUACGAUAAUAAUUUAUACGCACUUAUUUGAUGAUAGAUUUAAAUCAUAACUUUUAAGUUUUACUAUUAAUUUUCUUCAUUUUAUUCGUUUAGUAAGAUAUUUUAUAUUAUAUAGAGCUAAUUUAAAUUAUAUUUUUCAUUAUUAUAGAACAAUUAAUAUUGUUUAUAUUGUAUUAUUAUAUUGAAUUUACAUUAUGAAAAGUGUGUUGAUUAUUUAUUUACAUUUUACGCAAGGUAUUGACGGUCAAAUUCAAUACUAGUCCUGUCAAUUUAAAAUCGGUUUCAAGUCCUAAUUACAGAAAAAAUAUGCGUGCUUACUUUUCAAAUAUAUGUAACUAGAUUAUAUCAAUGUGUAAUAACUAAUCACAAUGUCUUCCAUAAAUGAUAUGAUAAAUUGUUGUUGAUUAUAUUUAGAUAAUGUUAUUAAACAUGUUUGUCGUUAGAUUAGUCGUGUAAUAUUUAAGUGUAUGGGCGGUGAUCUUAAAAGAAAAUGUAUUUGAGUAUACAGAUAGUCUUGUUCAUUACUCAACUGUGACUAGGAAACGGAUAAGUUCUUAAAGAUUUACACUUUUUCUUUUCUUUGGUUUUCUCAAGGCGCAGACGUUAUUAAAAAUACAUACAUUACGGUUUAAUUUGCCAUUACAUUAUUUCUGGCGUUUCGAAUAUGUUUUAGUUUUAUUUAUAUACUGUGCUUGUCUAAUGGAAUGGACUUUUGGAAUGUAAUAAUGAAAAAAAAAAUGAAUACCUACAAAUCAGCUACGGUUUGACAUUGACGUAUGAUAAAUUAAAAAAAGUAACCUACUACUCGUAAUAUGUUACCGAAACAAUUUUUGUUUAAUUAAUACAAUAUAAUAAUGCAUUUUAAUAAUUAUCGAACACAAUUUCAAAUUAUUUUAUUUUAGUAAAUAUACUAUUUACUUUUGUUAGAAUUAUGUCGGGGAUAUCUGUAUAUCCAAAUACGAAUUAAAAAAAAUAUUUGGGCUUCCAAUCUAUUGUGCUUUUCGAAUCGACUGUACAAUUAUAUGUACCUACGUUAUAAUAUGCUUACGAGUAAAUAAUAGAGAUGUGGGAUAAUAGCGAUGUAUCCAAACGCAAUAAUAUUGUAUAAAUAUACAUAUUAUAAAUCUAAUCAAUCGUUUAUUCUAUUGUGAUCGAAAUAAAAUAAUAAUCUAGGUGUGUAUUUUAAAUAAUAUAAAAUGUUAUUCCA